AUGGGGUUUUCUCUGGCUGGUCCGUUGGGUGUUCAUGUAUCUCUCAAAAUUCCUCUUCACAGGACUGUAAAGUUUCCAACUUUCAGUGAGAAAAGAGUAAAUUUCAAGUUAACAAAGGCUGAGCCUCAACCAGGAAGUCUGCCAAGCAUGAAUUUAUGGAUUGAGGGACAAUGGGAGGCUUCUUCUGCUGGUAUGACUGCAAAGGUCAAGCAAGAAAUAGAACAAUGCUAUGAACUCAUACACAGGAUUGGGAGGGGUGUUGUGUACUUGGGUUCUUCAAGGAUGGGGCCUAACCAUCCACAUUACACACAAGCACUGGAGUUAGGCAGAGAGGUUGCAACCCUUUUGGACUGUGCCUCAUGGUCAGGGGCUGGGCCUGGUCUCAUGGAUGCUGCCACUAAAGGGGCUUUGCAAGCAGGGAAGCCAGUCGGGGGACUUAAGAUAGGUAAAGAAGCUGGAGAGUGGGUGGCCACAGCGUUCCAUCCAUAUCUACCUUCAGAGACUUAUCUUACUUGCCGGUUCUUUUCUGCAAGGAAGCACGGAUUGGUGGAUGCUGCUGUUAGGAGCAGUAGUUCUGAUAGGACAGCUGUAAUUGCUCUCCCUGGUGGGAUUGGCACUCUAGAUGAGGUUUUCGAGAUUCUGGCAUUGAUUCAACUGGAAAGGAUUGGAUCUUUACUACCAGUUCCCUUUCUUUUGAUGAACUAUGAUUCUUUCUAUUCCAAGCUGCUAGACUUUCUUGAUGACUGUAAGGACUGGGGUACUCUCUCAGACGGAGAGGUUGCAUCAUUGUGGAAAGUCUGUGAUAGUAACUCAGAAGCUCUGGCGUAUUUGGCAGAUUUUUAUGAUCUUUCUCAUGGUGACCAAGGGUGCUUUAAUGUGCCCCUUUUCAAUCCAAAAACCACUUUAAGAUGGGAGAGAUUUGAGACCCCUCUAGAAGUUGAGUGUAGCCAAAAUUUAGACCUGCCUCCACCUGCACUCAUUUCAUUCUUCUAA